GACGCACAACAAGAUGGCAGCGUCCAUGUGUGCGGGACUGUUGUUUAGGAGGCUGGAUACACAUGUUCUGACCUUCCGUAGAUAUAAAUUCAAGAAGAAAUGGGCCACCACCCUUCCAACAAUACCAUGCGCAAGACUAGCGCUGCAGUACUUUGACAUGAAUUAUGGUGUUCAGUUUGGGGAUCUGUGGCCUUCCAUUCGCAUCAGUCUUCUCUCAGAACAGAAGUAUGGAGCUCUUGUCAAUAACUUUUCCCAAAGGCAGAAAGUCAUGCAAAAUCUCGCAGCCUUAAGUGCCAAGGACAUUCUCUUUGAGGCUGAAAGUGCUGUGGCAGAGUUGCAGUUAGAUGGCUGUAAGGAGACCAGAGAAAUCAAGGAAGCAAACAAAUCUCUCUUGGAUUCUGGCGUUUCGCAGUUCGGCCCCCGGUAUCAUCUGAUGGAAAAAGCAAAGGCAGCGUUGCCGUCACUGCACAGCUCUGGACUCGCAGGCUUUGUGUUUCCCAGAGGUGACAUCAGUCGCUUCCCGUCAGCCAGGCCAGACUGCUUUGGCUAUCUGGAGUACUAUCUGAUGGACGCUGCCUCGCUCCUGCCUGUUUUAGCUCUCGAUGUGCAGCCUGAUAAUAGUGUUUUGGACUUGUGUGCCGCCCCAGGAGGGAAGACUCUGGCUCUUCUGCUAACGGGAAAAUGCAGACACCUGGCUGCCAACGAUUUGUCUUUAUCCCGCAGUGACCGUCUUCGCAGGGUCUUAAUGUCCUAUAUUCCUAAGGAACUAAGAACAGAAGACAAAGUACGUGUCACCUCUUAUGACGGAAGGACGUGGGGAGAACUGGAGGAAAGAACAUACGACCGGGUGCUGGUGGAUGCCCCUUGUACCACAGACCGCCAUUCCCUUCUUGAAGAGGAGAAUAACAUCUUCCACCGGAUGAGGACUAAAGAGCGCCAAAUGCUUCCGAUGCUACAGGUGGAGCUCCUGGUAGCCGGCCUGCAGGCGCUGAAGAUCGGAGGUGAGGUUGUCUACUCCACUUGUUCUCUGUCCCAGCUGCAGAACGAAUGUGUCGUGGAGAGAGCGCUGGAGCUCGCGGCCUCCGAACACAGAAUUCUGGCCGAGCCCCAGGACCUCAGCAGCUUCAGAGUGCUUUUCAAGAACACGUAUAACUUUUAUAAGGACUGCAGGAUCGGAGAAUUGGUUCUCCCCCAUCUCACUGCAAACUUUGGGCCCAUGUACUUCUGCAAGCUGAAGCGGUUAAGAUAACCAAAGGAUCAGAGACAACAAGUGUUUUUUGUUUUUUUUUAAACAUUUACCAAGAUAAUCGAAUCAUACUGUAAUAUUACACAAAUCAUUAACAUGCAAGGGAUGUGUGACUAGACUGUAUCCCAAACGAAACAAUUUCCACGAAUCUGUAAAAUAACAUUUAUAGAAGUGAA